AGGCGUCCCUCCCGCCCUCAGCCGCGCGCCGGCCACCCGCGCGCCUGCCACCCGUUGCCCUGGCAACCGUCGUGCCGCGUCUUCCAGAGGGAGCUCCUGUCAGCCCACUGAUCCCACCACCCGCUCCCUACUGCCCCGCGGUCUUCGCGUGAGCUCGGAGACUGAGGGACAACAAAAAUGGCGGAGGGGAGCCAGUCGGCGCCUGAGGCAGGCAAUGAUAUGGGAAAUGAUGAUGCCAUUGGAGGGAAUGUGAGCAAAUAUAUAGUGCUUCCAACUGGCUAUUGUGGACAGCCCAAGAAAGGACAUCUUAUCUUUGAUGCUUGCUUUGAAAGUGGUAACCUGGGCCGGGUGGACCAGGUCUCUGAGUUUGAGUAUGAUCUGUUCAUUAGGCCGGACACCUGUAAUCCACGCUUCCGAGUCUGGUUCAACUUUACUGUUGAAAAUGUGAAAGAAUCACAGGUGAGGGAAAUAGUGGAUACCUUCAGAGUGGUUUUGAGGGUCAUUUUCAACAUUGUUAACUUCAGUAAAACCAAGAGUCUCUAUAGAGAUGGGAUGGCCCCUAUGGUGAAAUCUACCAGCAGACCAAAAUGGCAAAGGCUGCCACCCAAAAAUGUUUACUACUACCGCUGCCCAGACCAUAGGAAGAACUAUGUGAUGUCCUUUGCCUUUUGUUUUGACCGAGAAGAAGAUAUUUACCAGUUUGCUUACUGCUACCCAUAUACAUACACUCGCUUCCAACAUUACCUUGACAGCCUGCAAAAGAGAAACAUGGAUUACUUCUUUCGGGAGCAGCUGGGCCAGAGUGUGCAACAACGAAAGCUUGACCUCCUGACGAUAACCAGCCCUGAAGACAAAUCUGACCUUGAAAACAGUGUGAUGCAGAAGAAAAUAAAAAUCCCCAAGCUUUCUCUUAAUCAUGUAGAAGAAGAUGGAGAGGUUAAAGAUUAUGGGGAAGAAGAUUUACAGCUUAGACACAUCAAGAGACCUGAGGGGCGGAAGCCGAGCGAAGUGGCGCACAAGAGCAUCGAGGCAGUGGUGGCUCGGCUAGAGAAGCAGAACGGCCUGAGCCUGGGCCAUAGCACGUGUCCGGAAGAGGUCUUCGUGGAGGCCUCGCCAGGCACAGAGGACAUGGACAGUCUAGAAGAUGCUGUGGUGCCCCGGGCUCUGUAUGAGGAGCUGCUGCGCAACUACCAGCAGCAACAGGAAGAGAUGCGCCACCUCCAGCAGGAGCUGGAGCGGACUCGGAGGCAGCUGGUACAACAGGCCAAGAAGCUCAAGGAGUACGGGGCACUUGUGUCUGAAAUGAAGGAGCUCCGUGACCUUAACCGGAGGCUCCAGGACGUGCUGCUCCUGCGGCUUGGCAGCGGUCCCGCCAUUGAUCUGGAAAAAGUAAAGUCAGAAUGUCUCGAGCCCGAGCCGGAGUUACGGAGCACUUUCAGUGAGGAAGCAAAUACGUCGUCCUAUUACCCCGCUCCUGCGCCUGUCAUGGACAAGUAUAUCCUAGACAAUGGCAAGGUCCAUCUGGGAAGCGGGAUUUGGGUUGAUGAGGAGAAAUGGCACCAGCUACAAGUAACCCAAGGAGAUUCCAAGUACACGAAGAACUUGGCAGUUAUGAUUUGGGGAACAGAUGUUCUGAAAAACAGGAGCGUCACAGGCGUCGCCACAAAAAAAAAGAAAGAUGCAGUCCCUAAACCACCCCUCUCGCCUCACAAACUAAGCAUCGUCAGAGACAAUCUCCGGGAAGGGGCAGAGCAGAAGGUGGUAUUCAUCACAGGACGAGUCCACCCAGGGGAAACACCCUCAUCAUUUGUGUGCCAAGGGAUCAUUGACUUCCUUGUAAGCCAGCACCCUAUUGCCCGUGUCCUCCGGGAAUACCUGGUCUUCAAGAUCGCACCAAUGCUCAAUCCUGAUGGAGUCUACCUGGGCAAUUACAGGUGUUCUCUGAUGGGAUUUGAUCUGAAUCGUCACUGGCUGGAUCCCUCUCCAUGGGUUCAUCCUACCCUGCAUGGAGUGAAACAACUCAUCGUCCAGAUGUACAACGACCCAAAAACAAGCCUGGAGUUUUAUAUUGACAUCCAUGCCCACUCCACCAUGAUGAAUGGCUUCAUGUAUGGCAACAUCUUUGAGGAUGAGGAACGGUUCCAGAGGCAGGCCAUUUUUCCCAAGCUCCUCUGCCAGAAUGCUGAGGACUUCUCCUAUUCCAGCACAUCCUUUAACCGGGACGCUGUGAAAGCAGGAACUGGCCGUCGCUUCCUCGGUGGACUCCUGGACCACACUUCCUAUUGCUACACCCUAGAGGUCUCCUUCUACAGCUACAUCAUCAGUGGCACCACGGCUGCUGUGCCCUACACUGAAGAAGCCUAUAUGAAGCUGGGGCGGAAUGUGGCAAGAACCUUUUUGGACUAUUAUCGGCUGAACCCCGUGGUUGAAAAGGUGGCAAUUCCCAUGCCGAGACUGCGGAAAGAAAAAUCCCCUCCUUACAAGCACCCACUCCUGCGGGGCCCAGCCAGCAACUACCCCAACGGCAAAGGGGACAAGAAGAGCUCAGUGAACCACAAAGACCCUUCAACCCCUUUUUAAAGACACGGAGUCCUGGGAGGUCUUAUGGGGACAGGAGCAUGCAUUUUCUGCUGGGGAAUGAAAUUAAUCACUCUUCUCUAGCUUCCAAGGAUUUGUGGAUUAAUGCAUAGGCUAGUGAAAGGGAAGGGAUACAAUGAGAAACUUCAUCACUGAUUUUCCCUUUUUCCAAUGGAAAAUCAAUUGUAAGCCUUCAGCUCAAAAAGCUCAGGAACAAAAUAGGAGAUCGGAACCAGGUGAGCACAGAUGCUAUUUUCUACAACAUAGAGAUCUUCCAAGAUGAGGAAAACCUACACAUCCCUUUUAAGAGAUUUGACACAUAUCAGGUCAGUUCUUUCAAAGCCACUUUACAUUUUUAAGUUUUAUAGUUACUGCAGAUGGUUACCUUUUAAAUAGGCUUGGUUGUUUACAGCUUUAGAAAUGCAGUGUUUGUAUUUUCUGAUCCAAAACAACAGCAACAACACAUGCAACCCAAGGGCAAAUGCAUCCUAGGGAACAAUGGGACAGAAUUUUUGAAAUCACGGUGGACUUAAAUAUAUGGUCACUGUAUCUAAGCUGCAUGCUUGCUGAUUCCCUCAAACCCCAGCAUGCAGAUUUAGAAAACUGUUUUGAGAGCUGUUUCCCAAUUUCCUGGGUAGUUUAAUUAAAAUUUUAGCUCUAAAGACAAAAAGCACUGGUCACUCAUUUUAAAAGGUUUAUUAUGGUUAAGGUCUCCAGAUCCCAGGUGACAGGGAUUAAGCCUGGCCCCUGAAGAUGUGGGCAUUGCUAAUCUGCAAUGAGGAAAGGGUGAUUGCCAGGCAAGGAAGAUGCAAAAGACAGAAGGAUGCACCCUGAGGCAGGGAGGAAUGAUAAAAUAAAACAGUAGUAGCAAUUCUCAAGGUGUGGCAAGCUAAAUAUUGUGCAUUUUUGUGAAGAGUAAAGUGCCUUUGUAUGAUGAAUGGGUCCAGGGGAGUCUGCUCCCUUCCUGUCUGUGGAAACAGCAGGCUGAGUCACCAUGACAGCCUGCUAAUUAAAAUGACCUCCCGGAAAUGAGGAUUAGAACACAGGGAGAGGAAGGGAGGCUCCAGGGAGGAAAAGCCCUUAGCACAGAGCUCCACUAAAGCAUUUUUUGUUUGUUUGAUUGUUUGUUUGUUUGUUUGUUUGGGUUGGAGAUUAUUGAAGUUUGCUACAAAAAUCAAAAAGAAAACUUGUUCUCCUUUGCAUGCUAGUUUUCAGAAAUGAUAACAAAGAGCCAUAUGUUGAUUGGCUACAAAUGUCAUGUUGUAUAUACAGCUUCUCCCCUGGGUUCGUUUUGCCCAGAGGAACACAAAUAAAGUGUUUUGUGCA